AUGUCGAUCAAUAUGGCCACCCCAUCCAUCUCUUCUGGCGUCACUGCUGCUACCUCCCCACUUUCGGACCUGAAGUUGCCUCGGAUGAAUAUGCCCGUCUUUAGCGGUAAUUACCUGGAGUGGCAAUCGUUUUUUGACCUGUUCGACAGCUUGACGAACCUCGCUGGUGAAGCUGCUUCCUUGAUUUCGCCUCUGAAAAUAGAGGACGCUAAUUACCAACCGGCGCUGCAAAAACUGAAAGCCAGGUAUGACAAACCACGUGAGAUCGCCAAUCAGCACAUCAAGCGAUUCUUGGCGCAGCCAACGCUGACGUCAUCCUCUGCACAUGGUCUACGAUCGCUACAUGACGUGUCAGAUGAGGUUAUUCGUGCUCUCAACGCGAUGUACAGAGAAGACCGCAACACGUGGCUCCUAUUCAUCCUAAGCGAAAAGGUGGAUCAAGAUACGAAACAGUUGUGGUGUCAAAAGAUUGCCGAAAUGGAAGAGGCAGAAAUUACGCUGGAGUGUUUCCUGAAAUUCGUCGAGUCACGCAGUUUUGCUCUUCAAUCAGCACAACCAGCCAAGCCGAAAACUAGUGUAUCCUUCAAAGAACCUUCAAAGCCUCAUCCUCAAUCGAGAGGUGGCACCGCAUUCGUUGCCACGAACCCUCCGUAUUGCAACGUGUGCAGCAAACAAAACCACCAUCUUUACCAAUGUGGAAAGUUCCUUCAUAUGAGCCACAAUGAACGACUUUCGCACGUCAACAGGAAAAAACUGUGCAAUAAUUGCCUGAAAGUACACCCCGGUGAGAGCUGCAAAUCAGGUACGUGUAGGAAAUGUGGCUUACCUCACCACACCUUGCUACACCCGGCGUCGUCAUCAGCAAGCCCACCAUCAUUCCCAACAUAUUCAGUCACGGCCCAAGCAAAUCCAGGGACAUCAGCUCAGUCCUUGAUUUCGGCCCUCGACUCACCAUCCUGCCUCGAUACAUCCUACGUUCUGCUUGCAACCGUCGCCAUCAACGUCUUGGAUGUCCACGGACGCCCACACGCCUGCCGUGCCGUAUUGGAUUGCGCGUCCCAAGUCAGUUUCAUUAGUGAUAGCUUCUGUAAACAACUUGGCCUCAAAACGAUAGCAGCCGACAUGGAUCUCGAAGGCAUUUCUUCCACUCUCGCGCACGCUGACAAGUGUGCCGAAAUCAUCAUCUCCUCUCGUUGCUCGGAUUACCGCACCUCUGUAUCAUGUGUGGUAUUGGAAAAAAUCACCAGAAUGUUGCCCGGCAAACCGGCGAAUAUCGACGAUUGGUCUAUGCCUGGAUCGAUACACCUGGCCGAUCCCCUCUUCCACCGCCCGGGUAAGGUAGAAGUAUUACUGGGUGUCGAACUUUUCUCCCAACUUCUCGAGCCUGGCAAAAUUGCUAUCAGUGCCGACGGCAGCUUAUCAACACUGCAAAACACCAAACUCGGCUGGGUGGUUGCUGGUCGUUAUCAAGAGCCGAACACAUCGAGAGGUUCUCAAGUGUCGACUUGCCUAUUGGCUUCUACCGAAGACGAUCUCUCUCAGCAGCUACGCAAGUUCUGGGAACUCGAGGAGUAUGCCGUCGCAUCUAAACAUCUCACCGAAGAAGAGCAACGAUGCGAACAACACUUUGCAGAAUAUACCUACCGAAAUGAAUCAGGCAAGUUUGUUGUCCGUCUUCCUUUCUUGCACGAUCCCAACCAGCUAGGGGAGUCAAGGCAAAUUGCGGAAAAAAGAUUCCACCACAUCGAAAGAAAACUUGACCGCAACCCACAACUCAAAAAUGAGUACCACGCGUUCAUGCGUGAGUACAUCGAUCUCGGCCACAUGUCUCUCGUUGAUGAUACUUCUACUUCCAACAAAUCGGUGUAUCUCCCACACCACUGCGUGGUCAAAACAACGAGCUCAACUACUAAAUAUCGAGUCGUUGUCGAUGCGUCUGCAAAGACCACCAGCGGUCUCUCUUUGAACGAUGUGCUUAUGUGUGGCCCAGUUAUUCAAGAUUCGUUGGUCAAUAUUUUGAUCAGAUUCCGCUUCCCACCAAUCGUACUCGCUGGUGAUGUAAAGCAAAUGUAUCGAAUGGUCUGGUUAAACGAACUCGAUCGUGACUUUCUCAAAGUUUUGUGGAGAUGGACUAAGGACGAGACCUUGAGGGAGUAUCGCCUAAAUACAGUCACCUUUGGGACUAAAAGCGCUUCUUACUUACCCACGAAAUGCAUCGAUCAACUCCUCGAUUCCUACCAGCAAAUAUACCCAGUGGCUGUUGGCAAGGCGAAGAAGGGCAUCUACGUCGAUGACGUCCUUACCGGUGCAGAGUCCGAAGAAGAAGCCAAAGAAGUACGAGAGCAGCUCACCGAAAUAUUUGCAGCCGGUGGAUUCCACCUGCGGAAAUGGGCCUCGAACAGCGAAGCAGUCUUGGAAGGCGUUCCCGAAGCUGACUUGGAGGUGAAAAUUCUCAUCGAGGAGGUGAUGCAACGCAUGUGGGAACUGAAGGUGGCCUGGGACGCAACUCCCCCCGAUUCCCCGAAGAGUGAUCAGCCGGUUAUUCUCGCUCGUUUGAUCUCCAACGUGAGAACAGCUGUCUUCCCUACUGAUUUCUACGAGAUUCGUGCAUUCUCCGAUUCAAAAGUGGUCCUGGCAUGGCUGACCGGUGGUGCUGCAAGGUGGAAGACCUUUGUGGCAAAUCGAGUGGCGGAGAUUUCUACCCAUGUGCCGUCCAUCAAUUGGUGCCACAUAGGCACCUUUCUCAAUCCCGCAGAUCUGAUCUCGCGGGGCACAUUUCCUGAUCAGCUUCAGGUGAACCCUCUCUGGUGGCAUGGGCCCGCCUGGGAACCAUCGUAUAUGGACAGUGAAUCAUCAACUAUAACCGACGAUCUCGACACUGAUGAACAACGACAAAUAGAAAGAGAGCAGCGAGUUACUGCAAUGACUUGCAUCGCAGUGUACGAAAAUCGAUUUAUGGACGAAAUGAUAAAAAGAUUUUAUCCUAAUCUGAAGCUACUAUUGCCUACUAUUGCGUUUCUGGACGAAAACGGUGUCGCCAGGGUGGGCGGAAGGCUACAGCAAUCGGAUUUUAGUUACGACAACAAACAUCCAAUCUUGCUGCCUCGACAUUCGAUCUUGACGUCACUCAUCCUGCUACACGAGCACCAAGAGCAUCUGCAUUGUGGUCCUCAGUCGUUGUUAGCAGCUUGUCGCACACGGUUCUGGAUACUGCGAGGUAUUAGUGCUGCUCGUAAGGUGUGUCGUGAUUGUGUGAUCUGCAGUCGAGCCCUGCCAGCACGUAUCACUCAACAGAUGGGACAGUAUCCAGUGGACCGUUUGAAACCAUUUCCACCAUUUACCAUCACUGGUGUUGAUUACGCCGGUCCGGUGAACCUUGUAAGACGUCGACGCCGAGGUGCAGUACCAUCGAAGGGAUACAUUGCGCUCCUCGUCUGCUUUGGGACGAGAGCAGUGCAUCUGGAGGCAGUCUCGGACCUAAGUGCAUCAGAUUUUCUCGCCGCCUUCACACGAUUUACUAGUCGGUAUGAAGUACCAAGCAAAAUGUACUCUGACAACGCUACGAAUCUCCGAGCAGCGGCGAAGAAACUUCGAGAACUCUACCAGCAGAUCGACUUUGUCAAACACAGCGAUGAGGUCAACGAUUUCCUCACCAACAAACGAAUACAAUGGCUCUUCAUACCCGCUCGAUCUCCCCACCACGGCGGGCUAUGGGAAGCUGGUAUCAAGGUUGCGAAAGGGUUUCUCAGCAAGACUGGAGGUAACUAUAUUUACACCUUCGAAGAAUUAAGCACUCUUCUCGCCCAGGUUGCUGCCUGCAUGAAUUCUCGUCCAAUUUGUGCCCUUUCGAACAACUCUUCCGAUCCUCAACCUCUUAUACCCGCACACUUCCUAAUCGGGCGUCCUCUCGACGCUCUCCCAGAGGUCAACCAUCUCGAGCAGCAGAUGAGCGCGCUUUCGAGGUGGAACUAUGUUCAGCGUCUCGCCCAGGAAUUCCGAGCACGAUGGCAAUCCGAGUAUGUACUGUCGCUCCAAAGGAUGGUGAAAUGGCAAGCAUCGUCCCACAAUGAUGCCGUAGGUGACUUCGUACUACUCGUUGACGACCACGAGAAACCGCAGCAGUGGCCCCUGGGACGUAUUCUGGAGAUUUUCCCCGGGAGCGAUGGACUCGUCCGAGUUGUCUCGAUUAAAACGGGCAACAACACCUUCCGCCGAGACGUCAGGAAGUUGCGACGAAUCCCUCUCGACAGUGACGAGUACUUGCCAGGACAAAACGGGUCGGAAAUUCCUACUCGUAAUUUGGUGGGCGGAUUAUGUUCGCACCAGAAUGAGCGACGCUACCCUACUCGCAGCAGCAGUAGAAGAAAUGGACUGUGUCCACCAAUAAAAUAA